CUUUCACAACAUAAAUAGAAUAUGCUUGUUACGGAAUGACCGUCUUAAUAACCAAACGAUUUCAUCACAGCAAAAUCGACGGGUAAAAAAAAUAAGCGAUGCGGCAGCGCCUUAGCGAAAGCACCCGAGACGUUCCUGUGUCCGGAAAGUUCUUGUUGCCAUAGAACGGUCUUACAAGAGUGCGGAGAUGUCAGCUGACGAAGAUGACUACAUGUCAGCAAACUUCCUCGCUGAAAGCGAUGACUUGCGGCCCGGACUGGUCCACAACCGUUCCACCAAGCGGCGCUUCGAGGCCGAGAAGAAGCACUACGAAGCGAAUAAGAUGAGCCGCACAAAGUCCACAAAGCAGCUCAUGGAAGACACUCGUACUGAAGCACUCAACAAACCCUUGGGCGAGGAAAACAAGGGAUUCAACCUUCUCAAGAUGAUGGGCUUUAAGCCAGGCAUGGGGCUUGGCAAGGCCGCAUCUGCAGGCAGCUCGAUCAAGGAGCCGAUCCCCAUUGUGGUCCGGGCGAACCGUGGUGGUCUGGGCCAGGAAACCGAAGCCCGUGAGCGAAUCGAGGCCAGGUUGAAGACGACGUCUGAGGCAGAGUGCAACCGGAUGGCAGAGGAAUUCAGGAGUGCCAAGCGUAGCAAGGCCCUCUUGCAGCAGGUCGAAGGUGACUUGCGAAAAAGUCAGCGAGCGUGCUACAACCUGGACAAUGCAAAGGACAUCACAGAGCCUGCACAGCCGUGGUUCUGGCCACGCAGCACACAUCCGGGCAGCACAGACGGCGAUGUCAGAAACGUGGUGUGCUUGGACGAAGACAUAGCCGACGGUGGCAUUGUUUCGUCGGACGACGCGAUCGUGCCGCACAAGAAGAGCGGUGAGGAGAGUGAAGACGAAGAUGAAGAAGAGGCAGAGGAGGAGGAGGAAGAUGUGGACCCGUCCGAGAGGCUGAAAGUUUUGACCGAGUAUCUUCGCCAACGUCACCACUACUGCAUAUGGUGUGUGAUUCGGUUCGAUGCUGACCAGUUAAUGUCCUCAUGAGCUGGGAACCCCAACGCUUCUGGAAAGUGCACAUUUCCUACAGUUGUGCCGUAACAGCAUCACCUGUUGGUGACAAAUGUAACUGCCCUGGCUCGUAUAUUUGUUUGCAUUUUGUUAUUGAUGUUUUUCUUUUGUGCACUAUUGUCGAGACUGCAUCUUGCUACAACCUAUAUUUUUCAGGUUUUAAUUCUUUACUUUCCUUAUCUUAUAGGAGAAACCUAUAGCUCGGUUGACUCAGAAAUGACUGUUUGGCAUUUCACUGCAAGUAAGCUAAAAUACUGAAGUCUGGAAUGCAAUUUACAUGUUCCAGUUGUGUACAUUUUGCUACACUUGUAUGUGUAGCACGGCCAAAGCCUCUGUUGCAGGUCGGUUCUCUCCCUCUCUCACAACCUUCAAGAUAAACGUGCGGACACGGUGCUGCGUUUCUUUCUAGUUUUUCUUUCUUUUUUCAUGUUACAUGUUGGAGGUGAUGUGCUUUUCCUACGAGGUGUUCUGCUGAGAAGUGGCACCAGGUAAUAUCUAAAACAUGGCGGCCGUGACGUUUAUCGGCGCUCGCAGUGCCAAAAAGCAUAGCAUUUGAGAUUCGUGGUUGUCACUCAAAGGAAAGCAUCGCUGGGAUACGUGUUUGGACGCCGCUUGCACGUAUAGUGGGGCUCAGCAGCGUGCAGCUGGUGCAGCUACGAAUGUACGACGGCGACCAACGUUGCAGCAGGUUGUGGUGCGUUUCGCGAGUGUGCGUUAGAGCGCAGCUUUUGUUCUUGUGGCAAGCAUUGGCAGCCCUUCUCCUCUCCUACCUCCUUUUCUCCCGCUUUCCUUUCCCUGUUGGCGCUGAGCCAUGCUCCUUCAAGGGCUGCAGAAGAUAGCGCUAAGCUUUCCUUUCUCAACACGAACCACCUCUCUCAGCGGUUCAAAGGCAUCUUAUAGCUCAACGCUUUCGACAUGUCACUUGCGGCCAGUCACGCUAUGCCGCUUGUGCUGAGCCAGCCGAAAUGCCGUCCCUUCUAUACUCCGGCAUGCGCACCGUCUGCAGCUCUCUUGGGAGCGUGCACAGAACGAUUCCCAACCCACACGUCACUUUGAACGGUUGUCUGUGACCGUCGGUGAAGCGGCGUGGACACCUUUCUUCUCCAAACCAUGCAUUGUGGGUUGACGCAGUAAGUGUGACGAAUGCACGGAUGGUGCAAAAGCCAUCUUGACGUUGAGCACAUCACCGCAUUGGUCACCUCUGGUUACGUUGGCUGUGUCAGUGCAUCGAAUAGUUGUGUGUAGUUGUGCAGUGCAUGCAAGUUGUUGUUCCCACCAACAUGACGUAGCAUAUGCAUGCUCACGCUACGUCGGACUAUAUAUGCGCCUUAACCGAGCAAUUUCUUCUUUCUUUCAUUAGUCCACAUUUUGUAGAAUUUCAAUUUUCGUGGCAUCCCUGCAGAAUUAGAAUGAAUGAGCUUUUACUGUAUAAUUGUACAUUAAGCAUGAGUUGUCAUGAUUGAAUAAAACACAUUGUGUGAUAUUG